AAGAAGCGAUGUCAACCAAGCCGGCUGCAACAUCUCGUCGGCGUUCCAGUGCCACGGCGCGCAAGUCUUCGACGUCGCACUCCAGGAGGCUGAGCUUGUGGAACACGAGCACGUCGUCGGGAAGUUAUGCGGCGACAGACUCGACCAAGUCGGAGCGCGGCCGCUCGGACCUGGCCCUUGGGUCCGCGGAGCAAGUGGAACCACAAGACGACGAAACCUUGAGGUAUUUGCACACCCCCUUCAACAUCGAGCCCGAGAUGGCCGGUCCGCUGCUGCAGUUCCCGCUGGACAUGUACCAACGCAUGCGCCAGGAAGGCGGCAACGUGCUGCUGUCCCCUUGGUACCUGUCCUGCAUGCUGGUCACCAUGUACCACGGCUCGGGUGGCUCGACGCGCAGCCAGAUCGCGCGGGUGCUCCACACGGAUGACGACGGCGUGAUCGUAGAGCGCUUCAACAGCCACGCCAGCCGCCUGUUCUGCCGGGACUACCACAAGCCACGACACACCCACUCAGGUCUCAGCGUGACGUCUUACGCCGGCCUCUACCACGAUGCGCGGGUCAACCUGUCGAGAGAGUUCAAGGACCCACUUUCGAACCUGGACAUACACUUCCACGUCUACGAUUUCGCAGAGAGCCCCCAGGAGAGCCGGCUCGCUCUCGACGGCUUCUUGCGAGCUCUCACGGGCUUCUCGUUCAGACGAGACGUCUUCAGCGGUGACAGUGUGGACCUCGACACGUUCGUGGUCCUGGCCAGCGUCUUCAGCUUCGGCUCACGCUGGUUCACUGCAGGAGGUGCACGCGUCUCGACGGGCCGGUUCCACUCGGAGCACGCCGGCGACAGGCGAGCUGGCGAGGAAGUGCCUACACUGUCCAUGACGGGCACCUUCCGAUAUGCCCAAUUCGGCAAAGGCGACGCGUUUGCCGGGGUCGUGGUGGACCUGCCUUACCAGGAACCACGACGGUCACUCGCCAUCUUUAUCCCGGCGGCCGACUCGAGCCUCGCCGAAUUGGAGCAGGCCCUAACCGCAUCCACGAUACUGACGUGUCUGGGACGCCUGCAGCAGCAGGGCCCAGUGAAGGUCACGCUGCCGCGGAUGAAGGUGAAGUGCCUCACUGACCUCAAGCACUACCUGCAACCGAUGGGGGUGACGGACGCGUUCAACAGUACCGCGGACUUUGUCAACAUGGCGCGCAUUGUGGGUCUCAGGGUGUCGGCGGCGAAGCACCUCGCCGUUUUCAGGGCGGGACAGAAGGGUCCGAAAAUCCCCACGGCUGAAGCCAUGGCCGAGAAGACCGCAUGCUCCGCCAGCGGCAAGAGCGUGUUCAAGAUUACGGUUGAUCGGCCGUUCAUGUUCCUGGUGCUCGCCCGCGAUCCAGACACCGUGCUUAUGCUUGGUUCGUUUACGCACACUCUCUAAGACGACACCGUGACCGUUAGGGUGUGUGUAUCUACAGUCACGGCAAAAAUACAUUCGUUCAUUAUGUUUA